AUGUGUAAUAAUAUAGAACCCGGUGAUUUACUUAUUAAUAGAAAACGACUACUACAAUUAGCCAAUGAAAUAAUAUCUUCUAGAAAACAAAAAUGUGACAUAUCAGACCUAAAAACUCUAGUAAAUGACUCAAUUAGUGAGUUGGAAUUUUGUUUCGAUAGGGCUUUACUUGAGCGAGUAUUGAAUCAGGCUAGAAUUGUUCUAAGGCAGGGCCCGAAUGAUUCUGUUGCCUUAUUGGUGGAGAAAUUCAUCCAAUCAUUCAUGAAUAAAACAACCGAAAACAAUGAGAAACUUUUCAUGAAAGAGAUAAAACACCUGCUAGAUUUCAAAUGGCCUAUAUGUGAUUCAAACAUGGAAACCUGUAGCUUUCCAAAACAAUUAGACGAUUUGGCGCUACAAUUAAUUAACAACAAUAACAAAUUAGCAGAAUAUGGUAAAUGA